CCGCCCCGAGCCCGGCCCGCUCCCGACACCCUGCGCCGAGCCAAGUUCGACCGGCCGCAGGCGAGCCUGGACUUCUGGAGGUUGCUGUAUGUGCUUCUGAAGCAGAUCCACGGGGGCAGCUGGACAGAGUCUGAUGCCAUAGGUGCCCAGGUCAGCUUUGUGAAGGCAGCACUGUGGUACCAGGGUUACGGCCGGCCGCAGCUGCAGCGGCUCCCCGCCGACGGCUCCGCGGGCAGCCGGGAGCUGCUGCUGGCCUUCUCCUGGCUGCUGCACAGCCUGCAUCUCCUGGAGCAGCUGCUGGCUCGGAACAGAGUGCAGACUGGGGACCAGGCCUGUGUGUGCACGUGUGAAGAUGAGCUGCCCAGCAUCCAGGAAGGCCCAGGUGAAGCAGGAGCUGGGGACAGAGUGGAUGUUCGGUACCUGCAGUGGUUAAACGGGAGGCUGAGGCUGCAGUGGUGCAGUCUGCAUGCUCAGCACCAAGAGCACUGCAAACUUCUGCACAAGAUCCAUUUAUUCACAAGUGGCUCCCACAUGGACCAGAACCUCAGACAUUUUUCUGUCACAGAAACAGAUCUCAUCAGGCAGCCAGAGAACUGCAAGCAGCUGUUGCAGCUCCUGGAGGCUGAGACCCUGCAGCUGGAAGCCUUCCUGGAAUGGAAGCAGCUGGAAGCAGUUUACUGGCAGUGGAUGGAAACUGUGUUGGAUAACAUGGCUGAAGAGGGAAAUAUGUGUGAGUCCCAGGAUGCUGAUGUGGAGAAAAGAAGGCUGCCAGAGGUGACCUCCAGCUGCCCCUGGGCUGACAAGCUGACUGGACAGAUGGACAGACUCUCCAGGGACCUGGUGGCUCUCCAGGAGCAGCUGCAGCAGCGUGUAGCUCAGAGAAAAGCUGCCUGGUGGGAGAAGGUGGCAGCAAGAGAGGAGCUACAGAAGGAGAGGUUCUCUGCCACUGCCAGGAAGGUACAGGAGAGCGUGGAACUCAAGCUCAGGGGCCUCGCAUCCCUCGGCGCUCCAAGGAGGAACAAAAGGCACGGCUCGAGCAGGCUGGUGCUGCAGAGCACAGCCAGCAGAGCAGGCACUGCUGCCUGUGCUCAGGAGGCUGCUGCAGCUGUCAGUGCUGCAGAGGUGCUGGCAGAGCUGCAGCUGAGAGAGGCCAGCCUGCAGAGAGAGCUGCAGCAGCUGCGGCGCGAGUGCCGGCGCAGGCUGGAUGGGAUUGCGGAGGGCUUGGAGGGAGUGAUUUGUGUCUCCCCCUGAGCACACAAACCUGGCUGAGAAACCUCAGAGAAGCAAAGGAGCAAAGUGGCUCGGUCACACUGGAGCACAGGCUGAGGAGCCAAAUGUCAUUUCUAAUUCUCGAGCCUGGGAAUUGUAACUUGUGCCUGCUCUGGGAGCCGUGCUGGGGCCACAGCCUCGGUGCUCUCCCUGCAGCCCCAGUACUGCUCACCUUGCCAAUUAAAUUCUGCCUUAGGCCUCGCUGGGAGUGUGCAUAAAUCUCCCUUUUAUCUCGUGGAUUUCCAGUUCUUCUGCCAAGCACUGGGCUCUUUCUCGGUGCUCAGCUGCUAAGCACGGCGUACACUGAGGCUGUGCAUUGAAGUACUAAUUGCAUUCAAUAUUUCCCAGCAAUUGGAAGAGUUCAUUAGUCAGAAAAAUCCGAGUAUUGGAGAACAUGAAAAAUACCAAGGCUUAGAGAGAUUGGAAAUAUUCGAGAGUGUUGUUUUAAUUCAGCUGCUUGGAGUAUUUGUGGCAGCUAUAAUGUAGUCACAAUAAAGAAAAACAAAUGCCUAAUAAUAAAUAAAGCACUGCACUGAUUUCA